UCCAUCUCUUUCUCUCUCUCUCUUUCUGUACUUAUUUUUCCAAUCGAAGAAGAAGAGAGAUUGAAAGUAACCCAUCACAAAUUCUUUACUUUCCUUUGUAUUUUACCAUCAAAUCUACUAAUGGCAGCAAUCAAUAGCCAGAAUCAAGAUCACAGCAACACCCCGAUUCCUACUCCAGCAAUCGCAUCCUCCAAACAGCCUCUCCCUAGGGCAAAAACCGUCGACACUCAAUCCGUUCUCAAGAGGUUACAGUCUGAGUUGAUGGCCCUAAUGAUGAGUGGGGAUUCAACCAUAUCUGCAUUCCCUGAAGAAGACAACAUAUUUCUAUGGAAAGGGACAAUCAGUGGUAGCAAAGAUACAGUCUUUGAAGGAACGGAAUACAAGCUUUCUCUCUGUUUUCCAAAUGAAUAUCCAUUUAAAGCUCCUAAAGUGAAAUUCGAGACUAUGUGUUUUCAUCCUAAUGUAGAUGUCCAUGGAAACAUAUGUUUGGACAUUCUUCAAGAUAAAUGGUCAUCUGCUUAUGAUGUUAGAACUAUUCUGCUAUCUAUUCAGAGCUUACUUGGAGAACCCAACAUAAGUUCACCUCUCAACACUCAUGCUGCAACCCUCUGGUGUAAUCAAGCAGAAUACAGGAAAAUGGUAGAGAAAUCAUACAAGUCUGCUGCUGUUGUUGCUAAUCUUGCUGCUGCUUAGAUAGAGUUGUUAGGACACAGAAAGAAGAAUUUGUUGUUCAAUUCAAAACAAUUCUAUUAUUGAUGUUUUUUUUACUAUUGUUUUUAAUUCAGUAAACAAUAAUAAUAUUAUACCUUCUUUUUC